AUGGCGACGUGGCGUUUCGCACGAGGUGGUCGCUGGAAAUUCUAUCUGGGUAUGCUGGCUUUGGCAGUUCUCGGCCUUCUCGGAUACAUAUCGCUCUCUCAUGCCGCUGAAACGGUGACUGUAACCAAACAGGUCUACUUUGACAUCACUAUUGGAGGAAAGCCUGCUGGCCGCAUCGUCAUUGGACUGUUUGGAAAUGUUGUCCCAAAAACCGCCGAGAACUUCCUGCAGCUAGCCACCGGAGCCAACGGAUACGGAUACAAGGGCAGCAAAUUCCACCGUGUCAUCAAGGAUUUCAUGAUUCAAGGUGGUGAUUUCACUCGUGGUGAUGGAACAGGAGGGAAGUCCAUCUAUGGCGAUCGCUUCAAGGAUGAAAACUUCGCUCUCCAGCACUACGGACCUGGAUGGCUGUCGAUGGCCAACGCUGGUCCAGACACGAACGGAUCGCAGUUCUUCAUCUGCACUGUCAAGACUCCUUGGCUCGAUGGACGCCACGUCGUCUUCGGAAAGGUUCUCGAAGGCAUGAGUGUUGUCCGCAAGAUCGAAAAUACCAAGACAAACCCCGGAGAUCGCCCCGCCGAAGCUGUCGAGAUAUCCGACAGCGGUGAGCUCCCACUAGCAGCACCUUUCGAGACCGAAAUGGCUCCAGCCCAAGAGUAA